AUGCCCUACCCCGCCGCUGUUUCCAGGGCUUCCCAGGACGGCAGAACCGAGCAGGAUGAUGCCAGUUUGAGGCUAGAGGGAAGCAUCUGCUCGGAUCUGCCGCAGCGCCUCGGGAUCACCGGGGUCGUCCCCUCGCAGGCAGUCCCCCGUAAGCAAGGACGACCAUGUGACAAGUGGAAGGAAGGAAGCAUUGUGGAGGUCUUCUCUGCAUCCGUCGGACAGUGGUACGCUGCCCAAGUGGGCCAGGUGGAACCUCAAAGCGAUGGAAAUGAAGACAUCGUGACAGUCGUGUUUUACAUUGGCGAUCAGAUUAAGCAGAAGUCCAUCUACCGGACAGAUGCUGCACUGACAGCUUUGGGGACACACACCUUCAACGAGCUCCCACCAGGCUUUGAGACCAGACCUUCGCAGUCUAAGCCGGGACAGCUGGUCUACUUCGAUCUGACAGCUGGCAUCAAGUAUGCCUCUUUGGAGCUAGCCUGGCAUGUGCACUUUGAGCGCCUGAAGCAGCAGCCUGCCGGUUGCGAGACCGUUGCGUGCGUGCAAGCGGGCCGCAGCGGCCCACGGGCACCCAUUCUCCAAGCGCCAAUCGCAGACGUGCCUUCGCCCAUGAAGUCCAUGACGCUGGCCGAGCUGGCGAGAGAGGACUCGGUCGAGACGGCAUUACCUCCUCCUGGCAAGGCUUGCGUGGUCCUGCAAGGGGUGCUGAAUUCCAAUAUAGACCCAACACGGUAG